AUGACCAUCCGAGAGGAUAUCGUGACCUCGGCGGUCAACUUCCUCCAAGACCCCAAUGUCGCCUCGUCUUCUGUAGACAGCAAGGUGUCAUUCCUUCAAUCGAAGAACCUUACCCAAGAAGAGAUUGACACAGCUCUCGCACGAGUCGGCUCGCCGGGUGUAGUGACGCAGGCAGUAGCUGCAUCUGCUCGACCACAACCUCAGCAACCAUACUAUGGCCAAUAUCAACAACCACCUCCUUACGGCUGGCAGCCUCCGCCGCCAGCGCCUCCUAGACGAGACUGGCGUGACUGGUUCAUCAUGGCCACUGUGGUCGGUGGCGUGAGCUACGGGUUGUAUUCAAUCACCAAGCGCUACAUCUACCCUCUGGUAGCUCCGCCUACUCCAGAGAAACUUGAGCAAGACAAGGCCACAGUCGAUGAGCAAUUCGAAAAGGCUUUUGCCACAUUAGAUCAGCUAUCUAAAGAUACCGAGUCUCUCAAGGCUUCCGAGGAAGACCGAACCGUGAAACUCGACAAAGUCAUUUGGGAGCUCGAAGCCUUUAUUCGCGACACCAAGUCGGCAUCGAAAAGACAAGAAGAUGAAACAGAAAGACUGCGUGACGAGAUGAAAUCUCUGAAGGAAAUCGUUCCAAAGAAUAUGACUGCAAAUAAGGACUUUACUGAUGGUCGUCUGCGUGAGAUCACGACCGAGGUCAAGAGUCUGAAAGCCCUCAUUGCCCAGCGAAUGACUGCGGCGUCUCCCGCCACGCCUUCGACAGCAACCUCGGGGAGUGGAAACUACCUCAAACCCUCGGUCGUGAAUGUGGCGACUCCAGCCAGUCCCGCUGCUGUUCCUGCAUCCCCAGCCGUGGAUGCGGCGGCUCCAGCCAGUUCCGCCUCCGUUCCUGCAUCCCCGGCUCCGGGAACACCUGGAAAGGAGACGGAGACGAACGGUGAUGCAACAGCUCAGAGUUCAAAGCAGGAUUACAUUUCCUCUCUUGGUGGCAGGUCGAGUCCAUUCGGAAGCGGCAUGCCCAUGGCGGGUAAACCAGCAAUUCCAGCAUGGCAGAUGGCACUGGCCAACAAGAAAUCCAAUGCUGAUGCCGGGAGCGGCUCUCAACAGGAGUCGAGUAGCAGCUCUGGAGCUGGCUCAAAGCCUCUUCAGUACUAA